UACAUCAGCUCAUCUGUCCAUUCAUUACUAAACCAGUUUGUCUCUUCAUAUUUGUGGACUGAAACCAUUGAAGAUGUUUGGCAGAAUUUGGUUCUGUUUGUGUUUGUGGCAUAUGGUUGGUGUGUUUGCUGAUUCAGUUGCAGUGAAGUCAGUGUAUGUGAAGGAGGGAGAUUCAGUCUUUCUACAGACUAACACUGAACUACAGACAAAUGAUGAGAUAAUGUGGACAUUUGGACAUCCAGAGACUCUUAUAGCUGAAAUCAUUAAACUUUUUGAAAGAUUCUCCACAUAUGAUGUUCUUGAUGGGAAAUUCAGAGACAGACUAAAGCUGGAUCAUCAGACUGGAUCUUUGACCAUCACAAGCACCAGAAACACAGACUCUGGCCUUUAUGGAGUGCAGAUCAUCAGGAACAGGACAGUGAUAUCAUACAGAUUCAAUGUUACUCUCUCUGGUGUGUUUGCUGAUUCAGAUGCAGUGAAGUCAGUGUCUGUGAUGGAGGGAGAGUCAGUCACUCUACAGACUAACACUGAACUACAGGCAGAUGAUGUGAUAAUGUGGACAUUUGAGCUUCCACAGGCUCUUAUAGCUGACAUCGAUACAAAGCAUAUAACUUUCUCCACAUUUGAUGUUCUUGAUGGGAAAUUCAGAGACAGACUGAAGCUGGAUCAUCAGACUGGAUCUCUGAUCAUCACAAACACCAGAAACACAGACUCUGGACUUUAUGGAGUAACCAUCCGGAGCAGGACAGAUAUCACAUACAGAUUCAAUCUUAUCGUCUCUGACUCUGUUCGAUGUUGUGAUUCUGCUGAAGCUGUGAUCCGAUUGGUCGUCACUGCUCUGGUGGGCGUGGCUGCAGCUGCUGCCACUGUUGUUCUGGUUUAUGACAUCAGAUCAAGGAAAGCUGAACAAGUUGCCUGAUAACUGUUUUUUUUUUUUAUCUUUCUGUAUUCCUCUGGCUUUAAAUACUGAAAUCAGAACUUUGAUUGUUAUUUAGAAUUUUUAUUUGGAUCUUAGUUUAAAAAAAAAACAAUGACUUUAUUCAACAAUAUGUCUCCUCCGUGUCACCCUGUAGUACCG